UUUCAAACCCCCUGACUGACAGCUCUAAGUGUGAGCCCACCUCCAGUUAUAAGAGUACACUUGUAGAACACUUCAGCGCAGAUCUAAGAAGAAAUAGCUUGCAAUAACAUGGAGAAGGGACCCUCUGGCUAUUAACAUCUGCAGUCUGGCUCUGCUCUGCUACAGCUCAGGGUCUGCAUUACAUUCCAUUCAUUACACCUCCAAGUAAUCAGGUCCACCAUGUUUCCCAGAAUAUUGUGGUUCUUGUUCCUAUUUGAUGUGCAGACAUAUAUGGCACAGAAUUCCUAUGGAAGAUAUAAGUCCCGUGCUUUAACAUCAAGUACAUCAGAGAAAGUUCCAAGCCUCAGUGAGCAAGAUGAAGACUGCAUUUUGGAAAUGGCAUUCCUUCUGGACAGCUCAGAGAGUGCUAAGGAAUACAACCACAAUCUGGAAAAGAAGUUUGUAUUACAAAUGGUGGAAAAGCUGAAAGGAAUACAAUUGGAAUCCAGGCGAGCUUUUAGCUGGAGAAUGGCUUUACUGCAGUACAGCAGCACUGUGCUCAUAGAGCAGACUUUCAGAGACUGGAGAGGGCCAGAUAAUUUCAAAACUCGCAUUGCUCCCAUUUCAUAUAUUGGCCAUGGUACAUUUACUUCUUAUGCCAUUACAAACUUAACCCAACUAUACAUGAAUGAAGGAACGCACAAGAGUAUAAAGGUGGCCAUUCUUCUGACUGAUGGAGUGGACCACCCAAGAAACCCUGACAUUUUUGCUGCUACAACUAAUGCCAAACAACAUGACAUUAAGCUCUUCACAGUCGGCAUGACAUCAGUAGCCAGGGAAACUGCCAAUGCUGCCAAGCUCCGCUUGUUGGCCAGUGUGCCCUCCACCAGAUUUGUGUCUCACUUACAAGAAGCUGACAUGGUGGAUAAAAUUCUCAAAGAAGUGAAAGAGCUUGCUGAAGAAGGGUGCCGCCAGUCACCUAUCUGCACCUGUGAAAAGGGGGAAAGAGGACUUCCUGGAUCUGCUGGUAAAAAGGGACGACCAGGUGAUGAUGGUGCUACUGGUCUGAAAGGUGGUAAGGGAGAAUCUGGACUUAAUGGCAUUCCUGGAAGAGAUGGACUAGAGGGCAAACCUGGGUAUAAAGGAGAGCCGGGUGAGCGAGGCGAGUGUGGAAUUCCUGGCAUCAAGGGUGAUCGGGGUCCUGAAGGUCCUACUGGUCCCAGAGGAUUACGAGGUGUGCAGGGUAUUCAAGGACCCCCAGGAGAUCAAGGUUUUGAAGGACUGCAAGGACAAAAGGGUGAUAGAGGUCUCCCUGGGCCACCUGGAUUUCAAGGAGAAACAGGGAUAGGACUGCCAGGCUCGAAGGGAGACAUUGGAGCACAAGGAAGACCAGGUCCAAGUGGUCCUCCAGGAAUUGGAGAGUCUGGACCACCGGGCCCUCAAGGACUUCAGGGGCCUUCCGGAGAGAGAGGAUCUAUAGGAGAGGGUCUGCCAGGACCAAAGGGUGACCGUGGUUUUGAAGGACCAAGAGGACCUCGUGGAAUGACAGGGGCUGGUAUUAAGGGUGAUAAGGGUGACUUUGGACCUCCUGGUUUUCCAGGCCCAAUUGGUUUACCUGGAGUUGGAAUACAAGGAGAAAAGGGUGUCCAGGGUCCUGUUGGGCCACCAGGAAUGAGAGGUGCACCAGGAGAAGGAUUUAUGGGACCCAAGGGAGAUCAAGGUUUACCAGGAGAAUCUGGAGUACCUGGAGAGAGAGGAAUUGGAGAAUCUGGGGCAAAGGGUGAGCCAGGAUCUUCUGGAUUGGCUGGUUUGCCUGGUUUACCAGGUGAAGACGGAGCACCAGGACAAAAGGGUGAGCCAGGUCUUCCAGGUCUCAGGGGCCCUGAUGGAUCUCCUGGCGUUGGCAUACAAGGUGAAAAGGGUGACCAAGGGCAGCGUGGAAUUCGGGGAUUAACAGGACCACCGGGACCUUCAGGACCAUCUGGACCAAAAGGUGAACCUGGGGCUGUAGGACGUCUUGGAUUGCCAGGUCCUCCUGGUCGAGCGAUUGUGGGCCCGAAGGGAGACCUUGGACUAACUGGUCCACAAGGAUUGAUUGGAGAACCAGGAAUUGGCAUUGCUGGUCCAAAGGGUGACAGAGGAGGUCCAGGACCACCCGGACCAUACGGACCAAAGGGCGAUGGAUUUGCAGGACCACCCGGAAUGCCAGGGCUCCCAGGACUAACAGGUGAACCAGGCCAAGAAGGGUUUGGAUUACCAGGACCAAAGGGUGAUCCAGGUUUCAGAGGUCCUAUUGGUCUACCAGGUCCUCCAGGUGAAGGAUUACCAGGACCAAAAGGAAAUAUAGGAAAAUCUGGUUUCCCUGGCCCACAGGGUCCCCCAGGCGAAGGCAUUCAGGGAUCAAAGGGAGAACAAGGAGGUCAAGGUGUACCAGGACCUCGUGGACCUCCAGGAGAAGGACUUCUGGGACCAAAGGGUGACCGUGGCACUGUUGGCGAAAGAGGAAGAAAGGGAGAUAAAGGUGAUGGUGGAGACCCUGGAUCCCCAGGAGAUACAGGCAGACAAGGCACUAAAGGAGAAGCUGGGUUAACAAGAGAAGAUAUAAUUAAAAUGAUAAAGGAAAUCUGCGGUUGUGGUGUUAAAUGUAAGGAAAUACCUAUGGAGCUUGUCUUUGUGAUAGACAGUUCUGAGAGUGUUGGGCCAGAGAACUUUGAAAUCAUCAAAGACUUUGUGACUGCUCUUGUGGAUAGAGUGACUGUAGGCCGAAAUGCCACCCGAAUAGGACUUGUGCUCUACAGUUUAGAGGUGCGUCUAGAGUUUGGCCUGAAUAGAUUCACCACCCAACAAGAUGUGAAGCAAGCCAUCAGAAAGAUGAUGUAUAUGGGAGAGGGCACCUAUACAGGAACUGCGAUUCGAAAGGCCACCCAGGAAGGAUUUUUUGGUGCACGCUCAGGAGUCAGGAAAGUGGCCAUUGUUCUCACAGAUGGUCAGACGGACAAGAGAGAAGCUGUGAAAUUAGACAUAGCUGUGCGGGAAGCUCAGGCUGCUAACAUCCAAAUGUAUGCCAUUGGAAUUGUAAAUGCUACAGAUCUAACUCAACAAGACUUUAUAAGGGAACUAAAUCUAAUAGCUUCCGAACCAGAUACUGAGCAUAUGUAUCUCAUUGAUGACUUCAACACUCUUCCAGCUUUGGAGUCUAAACUGGUGAACCAGUUCUGUGAAGAUGAAAAUGGUGCUCUCAUCUACAAUCGAGUAGGAAGCAAAAUCAACCCAAUGUUCCCGAUCAAAGGCUCUUCUACGAUCUCUUAUCCUGGAGCUGAAGUAAACAGAGUGAACACAGAAGAGACAUUAAGAUUAGAAGAAAAGCGUAAACUGGAGGAAAGAAUCAGAUUGGAAGAAGAGAGAAUUAGAGAACAGCAAAUUCGUAAAGAAGAAGACAGAAUUCGUCAAGAACAAAUUCGUAAAGAAGAAGACAGAAUUCGUCAAGAACAAAUUCGUAAAGAAGAAGAAAGAAUUCGUCAGGAAGAAGAAAGACGAAGAGUAGCUGAAGAAAAACUCAGACAGACACAAGUCCCGAGAAAAGAAGUAGUUAUUGUACCAAGUGUCGUUGAGGGAGAAGAUGAAGACGAGGACUAUGAUGAUGGAGAUGAAUAUAUAGAGACACCUCUGACUGAUACUAGAGUGGUUUUGUCACCAGGAGGAAGUUCAUCUAAAGAGAAAACAUCAUCUUCAUCCUCCAAGACCUUUUCUUCCACUGUAAUAUUAUCUCCAUCAAGUUCAGCUGAAAGAAAUGUGCUGAUACAACCAUCAAUAGAGUACAUCCAGGAUGCACGGUGCAAGCUGCCAUUAGAUCAGGGUCCUUGCAGGACAUACAUAAUAAAAUGGUAUUAUGACAAACAAGCCAAUUCCUGUGCCCAGUUCUGGUAUGGAGGCUGUACUGGUAAUGGCAAUCGCUUCGAUACAGAAGAAGAAUGUAAAAAGUCCUGUGUUAUCUCCCUAGAUGGAGAGAAAUAAUGUGGUGCUUAUAGUCCUCUAAUAAAUGGUGCUACUCUUGAAUCUGAAGGAUUUGUUUGUAAGGACACAUCUUAAACUAUCCCUGCAAUGUGCCUGUUCUUCAAUUCCAUUGUCUCUGAUGAUCGUGAAAUGUGAAAGUUUC